AUGGCGGUACGCAUUGCUAACAGAUUGGCAUCGGCACGUUCAGCAUUGGCAUUGUUGUUGGUGAUCAGUGUUGCCGAGACCACGCGCGUGACAGACGCUUUAGCGGACGACGCACAGCCCGAGGCAGUUCCGGCUAACGAGUCAUCGCUUGUGGAGGCAAGUGGCCAGACAGUUGCCGCUGUCGUUGAGGGUGAGCUGGCGCAGGCUGGCCACCUGCUUGGAGGUCGCUUUGUGUUGGAGCGUUUCGUCGAGAGCCGCGAGGUGAUGAGCAGGCUUGACAGACACGAAGAGAUGAACUUGCUUGACCGGCUCAACGGCACUCAAGAUUCAGUGUCGCCCGGCGAAAGUUUUCCCAGUUCAGCGACAGACUUCACCGACACUUCGCACCUCGGUCAAGGAAAUUUUGGCGACGUUUGGGACGCAUACGACCAAAGGCUUCAGAGGCGCGUGGCUGUGAAGAUCUUCUACUCGCGGUCCAGCGGGCGAAAGCGGUACCUCACUUGGAACACGGCGACACCGAAGGAGCAGCAGGAGCUGAAGGAGAACGCGGACGAGUGCAUGCUAGUCCAGGGGAUCCUGCACCACAAAGAUGUGUAUCCCUGGGGCGCGAGCCACAUCUGCACGUGCUACGAGGAUCGACACGUGUCCAAGUACGUGGGCACUGACAGCGUGGUGUACUUGGUCCUGGAGCCCUGCGGCAAGAGCCUGGAGAAGAUCCGCAGCAGCCUGGGCACCGGCAGCUCCGCGAUUCUCGCGGCCCGCCAGAUCACACAGCAGGUGCUGGAGGCACUCGCCUUCUUGAGCAGGCUCAACCCGCCUCUGAUCCACCACGACAUGAAGUUGGACAAUGCGGUCGCGCUCGAAGAUGGCAGCACCUGGCACGUGAAGCUGAUCGACUGGGGCUGCUUCGUCUGGGGCACGUCUCGCAACCAGUUCUCCAGCGCGAUCGGCGACCGGCGGUACAUGCCUCCCGAGUUCCACGCCCACCAGGCCUUCGUGAUGCCGCCCUACACCUUCGACAUGUACGGCGCUGGCCUUAUGCACAUGGAGCUCGUGUGCCCGAGCCUGCAGGUCCCCGAUUGGUUCACGAUGAACCAGUUCGCGGUCGGGACGAGCUGGCCCGCGAUCCAUCACGCGGUGCGGUAUCGCUGCCCGAGGACUCCCACCGCCGACCUCCAGCUCAUCUACACGCUCACGGCCCAGGUCAGCUCGAUGCGCCCGGACCCAAUGGACGCCAAAGACUACCCGAUCUUCACCUCCACGGACACGUCGAUGCGGCCGACGCCCACCCCGCCGCCGCCCCGCAGGCCCAGCAGACCCUUGCCCACCUUCCCUGAGCCGAGGUGGCCGGAGGAGCAGCAGUGGCCGUUCCCUUUGGACGGGCCCCACCGCUGA